AUGACGUCAAGAAUAAAGCGUCGCAUAACAGUUUCAAAACAAAAAUACCAUUUAAGUGCACUCAUUGUUUUUCUUUCUUUCAUUAUUACAGAGUGCCAGCCAUUUUAUUUUGAUAAUGGAUUUGUCUACGGAAACGUACGACAGGUUCAUGCAAAGAGACGGAUCAAAUGCCACGAUGGAUAUAGAGAAAUUAACGGAGUUCAAGAGGUCACGUGCAACAAUGACGGAAACUGGAGUUACCUCCCGUCUUGUGUUCUACAAUCAAGUUCAACGGCAACAACUACACCAGGUCCGACGACAGACAAAACAACGACAGGUGUAGAAACAACAUAUUCCAUAACAACAACAACAACGGUUGGAGUAACAAUAUCUACCGCCGCAACAACAGCAACAACAGGUGCACAAACACCACCGUCUUCGACAACAACAACCCCAUCACAAACAACAGUAUCUUCCGCAACAACAAUGGCUGUAACAACAACAACAACAACAGUAGGUGCACCAACAACACCAUCGCCUACUACAACAACAAUUACAACAACAACUCCAUCACCAACAACUCUAUCUUCUGCAACAACAAUGGCUGAAACAACAACAACAACACUAGCUACAACAACAACAAAUGCUGCGACUGAAACAGUUUGCCCAUCAAACUUCAGUCAGUGGAUCACGCCAAGUGCAGAUAACACGUCGUUUCAGGUCUUGUUUGUUGUACAGACUGCAAAACAACCUGAAUCAGAAACUGGAUGUGCAGGACACAGUUCAAGUCUUGUUAAAAUCGACGAACUUUGGAAGCAAAAUGCCUUAAGAGCCUCGCUAGGAAACUGUGAAGUAUUCACAGGAUAUUCUUCAAGUUGCUACUGGAUCGAUGGAUACUUCCUUGACGCAACUUGGAAAUUUGAAGACUUAAGUCUAAUGCCGACGUCAGGUGAAUUCUGGGAUGUUGGACAGCCGAGCAGUUCUAAUGGUCAAAAUUGUGUAUCUAUAAAUAGUAACCAAUUGUGGGAGACUAAGAACUGUAAUAACAAAUGUGGCUAUAUAUGUGAAAAGACCGUUACGUAAAGAAAUUUUUGUGCCUGGAUUUUAUUUUAUAAAAAGUACACACUACCAACUUCUAAGUUAAUGUGUAGACUGGUAUAGCACCUACUAGUAUACUGUGCUUUUCUUACUUCACGAUACCUUAUGCUUUUGAACAAGAAAGAAAACAAUUUAUGAAACUUACAGUACAAACAUCAAACAUUGUCAUAAGCUGUAACAUAUAGGUAUUUUCUGCUGUAUGACACAAGGAAACAACAAUAUAUGCAGUCAAAAUCAUCAAAAUUGGUCAGACGUAGACCAUAUGUCGGCCAUUUUGAACAUUUAAAUCGCGGUAAAUGGUGUUACACUAUAGUUUGUAUGCCCCCGCCAUGUAAUGGCCGGGGCAUAUAGUGUUACCCUGUUCCGUCACACCGUCCUUCCGUCAUUCUGUCAUUCCGUCAUCAUCAGUUCCCGUUCAUUAUCUUAGUAACGGUUGCACACAUUCAACUCAAAUUUGAAAUAUGGAUAUGUCAUGAGAAAAUACAGGUCAAGUUCGAAUUUGGUCAUGGUUCGAUGAUUUGUGGCAGAGUUAUGCCCCUUUUACUUUGAAAAUAAUAUGAAAUUUUCAGUUUCCGUUCAGUAUCUCCCCAACGGUACAACACAUUCAACUCAAAUUUGACAUAUGGAUAUAUCAUGAGUAAAUUCAGGUCAAGUUUGAAUUUAGUCAUGGUUCGAUGAUUUUUGGCAAAGUUAUGCCCCUUUCACUUUAAAAUAAUAUGAAAUUUUCAGUUUCCGUUCAUUAUCUCCCCAACGGUUCAACACAUUCAACUCAAACUUGACAUAUGGGUAUGUCAUGAGAAAAUACAGGUCAAGAUCGAAUUUGGUCAUGGUUCGAUGAUUUUUGGCAGAGUUAUGCUCCUUUUACUUUGAAAAUAAUAUGAAAUUUUCAGUUUCCGUUCAUUAUCUCCCCAACGGUACAACGCAUUCAACUCAAACUUAACAUAUGGAUACGUCAAAUGAAUGCGCAGGUCAAGAUCAAAUUUGGUCAUGGUUCAAUGAUUUUUGGCAGAGUUAUGCCCCUUUCACUUUGAAAAUAAUAUGAAAUUUUCAGUUUCUGUUUAUUAUCUCCCAAACGGUACAACACAUUCAACUCAAAUUUGACAUAUGGAUAUGUGUUUGGAAUGCCCAGGCCAAGUUGGAAUUUGGUCAUGGUUCGAUGAUUUUUUGGCAGAGUUAUAACCCUUUCACUUUAAAAAUAAUAUAGAUACAUCUUAGAAAUAAGCAGUUUAAGUUUGAGUUUUCUGUUUCAGCACUCAUACUUUUGUGGAAAUGUAUGUAGCCAUUAUUUUGGCUACAAAUAUGCAAUAUGCUAUUUUCAAAAGGUUAAGACUGAAUAAUUUCAGUGCCUUGAACAUUGUAUGAAAAUGGUAUGUGUUAACAUUGAAAAGUUUUAAGGGCUUUGAACUUAAAAUGAAAAAAUAAUUUGUGUAAACAAAUUUGGAACUAAAUAUUAUAACAUCUGAAAUUUUGGCUGCAUGCGGGGGCAUCCGUGGCAUGAUGACACAUUUCUAGUUUUUUCAUGUUUCAGUUACAAUUUCUAAUGUUAAAUUGCUCAGUUUUAAAGAUUAAAACUAUCUUUACUUUGUUACUCAAAACUUGUUUUUCAACAAGCAAGAACAAUUAGAAAAUGAUGAUUGUUUUAGACGUAUGCACAAAUUUAUUGGACUCUAACAUGGUUGCUUUUUGCAUACAUUUGUAAAAUGUUGUUCUGUUUUACGUAAAAACCUAGAGAUUUAAAAUAUUUUGCACAAAAUCUUUGUUGUUUAGGUGAAUGAAUAAGAUAUGUCAUCUCUGACCAAUGGUCACAUGAAAAUACGACAUUACCGUGAAAUAAGUGAUGACGCAGAAUUAGUGAUGUUGAGUAUAUAAUAUUUUAGACUUAAUUUUGAAUUGCUUUUCUGGUCAUUAUACAUAUGAUGUUAUUAAUUUAUUUUUAAGUGCCACAAACUACGACAUAACGACACAUAUUUAAACAAAAGUGUUUAAACGUUUUCCUAUAAACGAUCCCGGAUUCCGUGUGUCAGAGAUUCCCACAUUGUCCUCUGCCAUCACGUGGUACUAGAAAUUACCCCGUAGUAACAUAAAGGAGGUAUAUCCCGAUAGCAGAAAAGUAUACUAUCUUUUUCGAAGCAGAAAUUUAAAAUUGACAAUGAAUAAAAUGAAUUAUAAUUUAUUUAAAUUGAAAUUUAAUUAUCAUUUGAAUGUUUUUUUUCCAGGGCUCGUUUUUGACGCACUAUUUUCUACAAAAACGCAAUAUAAUUUAGUUUUCGUAAUUUGUGAGGCAAAAAUUUAACUGUAGCCAUUUUACUCAAUUCUACGGUGGCCGGUUUGCCCGUUUCAAACCCGCGAGAAAUUUUAUCGUUUUAUAAUUAAAUGUCGCGGGCAUCUUACAAACCCGCGUGAAUCUCUCCUGAAAUCGUACAAAAUGUCGCGGGGAACAUAUAAACCUAGAUAUUUUAUAACCUUUUGAUUCUAGUGGCCGGUAGCGUCCAUGGUUUGACUAUAUAUUUUGACCCUCGAUAUCGCGGCGAGUAAUAGCAAUUUGCAGUCCAGAAAUAUUUUCUGGCAUAAACAGUCGAGGCGUUAUGCUAAAACUUGACUUUUUACAACGUAUGCAUCCAAACAAAAUAUCGCGGAUUAUAAUGGAAGCAAUCGGCUACCUAAAGUAGGCAUAUAAUUAUGUGGCUUAGUCUACUAUGUACACAGAAUAUGUCCCAGACGAAAUUGUUUAUUGCUGUCGUCAUAUUCCGCGACGAUCCGCGAAGAUGAAAGCCUUAGGAUGUUUACUUGGAAAUGUCUUCUGCUUUAAAGCAGUGGAGACAAACAACUUUCUUUAGGGAAAAUAUACAACAAAAACGGUAUUGUCACAAACAUUUCACGGGAAGAAGUAUCAAAUAGCUCAAAUUUACACUGACCGUAAAGAAGAAUCCAAAACAAAAGUUUGAAUCUGGUCGUGAAUUUCGUCAAGAAUUGCUGCGUUCUGUGAACGUCGCCUUGACUUGUUGAUGCUUGUUCUGAUUAUUUUUAACAAUAACUAAUAAAAUGUAAACUGUU